GGUGUUAUUAAUCAUAACUGUGCUAUGAUUUGGAUCACAACACGGAUUUCAGGCUAAAAUACGCUUUAAAACAUUGGUUCCUACCAGUGUGCUUCUAGGGGGACCAUAAACAAAGACGGACCGGAUUUCAGAAUGGCAAAAAUCAAAUAGCUGUCUACUCCCUAUAUCUAUGCACUACAUUGAGUAUUAAAUAACAACUUCUGUGCCCUAUGAAGUGCACUGUGUUAAUUAAUGCGUUAUGGUUUUGGUCGGUCUGCUUUCUGUUUUUAAGUUUGCCAAACAUGACCUAACUCGUUUUAGCACAAGGUAGUUCGUUAAUGGCUAGCAAUGUACUCCGUCUAAUACGACCUUACAUUUUCAACUCCAACCCCGGUUUGUUGAGGUCUUACUCCAUGGACGGUAUGGGCACGGCGAUCGCGACGAGUCGUUCCCCGCUCGAGCGGCUGGACUUCGAUAAUGUCGUGCUGAGAAAGCUCCCUGUAGAGGAGUCGGAGGCUCCGGGAGUGAGGACAGUCCGCGGCGCGUGUUUCUCCAGAGUCAUGCCGCAGCCGCUGGAGAAGCCUCGCUUUGUGGCGGUUUCCGGACCCGCCAUGGCGCUGCUCGGCCUCAGCGCGGAGGAGGUAAUCAGUGACCCUCUGGGCGCUGUGUACCUGAGCGGCUCCAGGGUGAUGCCAGGCUCCGAGCCCGCUGCCCACUGCUACUGCGGCCACCAGUUCGGCCACUUCGCGGGGCAGCUGGGCGACGGAGCGGCGUGUUAUUUGGGUGAAGUGAAAGCUCCAGCUGAUCAGAGUCUUGAACUGCUAAAGGAGAACCCCAGCAGGCGCUGGGAGAUCCAGCUGAAGGGUUCUGGACUCACGCCUUAUUCCAGGCAAGCGGAUGGACGUAAAGUCUUGCGCUCCAGCAUCCGUGAGUUCUUGUGCAGCGAAGCUGUCUUUGCCCUUGGGAUUCCUACCACACGGGCUGGCUCUGUAGUGACCUCAGACUCGCGGGUCAUGAGAGAUGUGUUUUACAAUGGCAAUCCACGCAUGGAGAGAUGCUCGGUGGUGUUGCGCAUCGCUCCCACUUUUAUCAGGUUUGGUUCAUUUGAGAUUUUCAAACAGGAGGAUGAGCUCACAGGUCGGCAGGGCCCCAGCUAUAGAUAUACUGAGAUACGAACUCAAAUGCUGGAUUAUGUCAUUGAUACUUUCUACCCAGAGAUCCAGCAGAGCCACUCAGACCCAGUGGAGAGGAACACUGCCUUCUUUAGGGAGGUGACGCUGAGAACAGCCAGACUUGUGGCCCAUUGGCAGUGUGUGGGAUUCUGUCAUGGAGUCCUCAAUACUGAUAAUAUGAGUAUUCUGGGGCUUACACUGGACUAUGGACCGUUCGGCUUCAUGGACCGCUUUGAUCCAGAGUUCAUCUGCAACGCCUCUGAUAAUUCUGGCCGUUACUCAUAUCGAGCUCAGCCAGAAAUCUGUCACUGGAACCUGGCUCGGCUAGCAGAAGCUCUGAACCCAGAUCUGCCCUCGGACCGGGCGCAGGCGGUGUUGGAGGAGUACUCGCCCCUCUUCAACACAUUCUACUUGAGCAAUAUGAGAAGGAAACUGGGCUUGCUGAGGAAAGAGGAACCAGAAGAUGAGCUGCUUAUCACAAACCUAAUGCAGACAAUGCACAACACGGGUGCUGACUUCACCAACACGUUCCGCUGUUUGAGUCAGAUCUCAUGUCCUGCAGAAGGAGACACAGUGGAGGAUGCUGAACUUGUCAAACAGGCCACAGAGCUUCUCUUGCAGCAGUGUGCCUCUCUAGAGGAGUUAAAGGCUGCCAGCAAACCUAAUAUGGACCCACGUGAGUUCUCAAUGCUGCUCUCCUUGGCCCAGAGUAACCCUGCGCUGUUCGGCAUGUUGUCAGACCGGAGAACGUUGGCCCGACAGCUGGAGAAGCUCUCUAGGUUAAAGGAGCUGCUGGAAAGCACAGAGACGGACCUGAAGAACAAGCAGACAGAGGAAUGGACCUGCUGGAUUAAACAGUACAGGCAGCGUCUUGCUCGUGAGUGUGAGGGAGAGUGCGAUGUGAAGGCGGUGCAGGAGGAGAGAGUGCGUGUGAUGGACAGCACCAAUCCUCGUGUAGUGCUUCGAAAUUACAUCGCCCAGAAUGCAAUAGAAGCAGCAGAGAAUGGGGACUUCUCUGAGGUUCAGAGAGUUCUGAAAGUGCUGGAGAAGCCGUUUUGCGCGCAGGAGGGCUGGAUGGUAAGACGAGGAUCAGAGGAGGCACAAGAGAGGGAUGAAGAAGAGGGACAGAGAGAGGCUGAGGAGGAUGUUACAGGAGCAGAGAACAGAGUGAUUGUGUCUUAUGACAGCAAGCCCCCAGCCUGGGCUGCUCAAAUCUGUGUCACAUGAUCAUCCUAAAGCCUUCAGGACAAGCAGCCCAGAGAUUCAUGUCUCUGAGUAUCUGUCUGUGAAGGCUGUUUGAGGUACUAAACUCCUAUUAACCAGUUUAAGAAUAUACAGAAAAACUAAUGGCUGGAAUUAAAAAUUCUAUUCUGUAUAUCUGACUGGUUAUAAAUGAUGACUUGGACCACCAGUCUGAGAGACAGGUCUUAGUCUGAAGACAGAGGUUUUAGUACCGUAUAAACCAAAGUGUGUGUGUGUGUGCGCGCGCGCGCAAAAAGUCUUAACGCACAAGAUAGGGAGCAGUUUGUAAGCUCCAAAAUGUAAGUGCACAGGUAGUUGAUUUGUCCAUCAUACAACAAAUUAUGUAUGUAGAAUUAAUAUGCAAUUAUGUUACGGGUAAUGAUAUGCAAAUGAGCUUAUCCUGGAUUAAAAGGUUUACAUUCCUAUACAGUGCCCUCCACUAAUAUUGGCACCCUUGGUAAAUAUGAGCAAAGAAGGCUGUGAAAAAUUGUCUUUACUGUUUAACCUUUUGAUCUUUUGUUCAAAAAAAUUCACAAAAAUACUCUGCGCUCCUGAAUAUCAGACAAUUGCAAACAAAACACAGGUUUGUAUAAAAAAUAUCUUUGUUAAAUAUAGGUGUGUAACAAUUAUUGGCACUCUUUUAGUCAAUACUUUGUGCUACCUCCCUUUGCCAAGAUAACAGCUCUGAGUCUUCUCCUAUAAUGACUGAUGAGGUUCAAGGAUACAUGGCAAGGGAUCUGAGACCAUUCCUCCAUACAGAAUCUCUCCAGAUCAGGGGUGUCCAAUCUUAUCCGCAAAGGGCCGGUGUGGGUGCAGGUUUUCAUUCCAACCAAGCAGAAGCCACACCUGAUUCUACCUGUUUAAUCAGUUGAUCUUGGCUUUCAAUAGACUAAAUAUGACAAAAGCUCAAAAGGUUAAACAAUAAAGACAAUUUUUCACAGCCUUCUUUGCUCAUAUUUACCAAAGGUGCCAAUAUUAGUGGUGGACACUGUACGUUACACAAAUGGAGCAUAAACCUGAAUGUAGGCCUUAUUAUUUCUGGACUUUUAGAUGCUGAACAAUAAUUUCAAGUGGUACUGAUGAGCGUUGUGUAAGAAGAGUGAUUGUUUAACUUCAUAAUAAUUUAGAUGUAGGGCGCACAGUGGCUUAGUUAGCACGUUCUCCUCACACCUCCAGGGUUGGGGGUUUGAUUCACGCUGCUGCCCUGUGUGUGCGGAGUUUGCAUGUUCUCCCCCAGUCCAAAGACAUGCAUGGUAGGCUGAGUGGCAUGUCCAAAGUGACCGUAUGGUGUGAAUGUGUAUGUGAUCGUGCCCUGCAAUGGAUUGUCACCCUGUCCAGUGUGUACCCCACCUUGUGCCCCAUGCUCCCUGGGAUAGGCUCCAGGUUCCCUGUGACUCUGUAGGAUAAGUGGUAUAGAAGACUGAUUGAUGGAUGGAUCAUUUAGAUAUAAUAAACAUCUACCAAAGACAAAGCUGUCCACGUUUUUUGUUCAUUGUUAUUUUUAUGAGCUAUACAUUUUGUGUCAUCUAUGGUUUCAUUUGUGAUACUUCAUUCUGAAGGUUUAUAAACUGAUGUGGAUUUACAUGUAUAAGUCAAUUUAUGACAUUAAAUGCAAAAUAAAGCAUUGUUGUAUUUACUAAUGCAGAGCAUGGUCAAUGUGUUAGUGUUUUUGUGUGUUGUUGUAGUGUUGCUCUUUGUAAAUUAACAGCAGCAACAUGCAUCUAUGCCACAUUUUGUUAUUAGGUCACAAUAUUUGUUUCCUCAGUUCAUGAAACUCCUAUAAUGAUUUAAGUUUUAAGUAUCUUUUGUUACAAGAAAGGAAUACUGUUUCAGAUGGUGACUUGAUUGAGGACUGUAACAUUUGAACAUGACUUUCACUGUGUUUUGGUACAAGCAGAAAGGAAUGUGUGCCUUAGGGUCUGCAUGUAUAAACCUGUUACCAAAACCCCGAUUAAGCACAACAUACAAAGCUAAACAAGGAGAAGGUGCUUUAAGCAGAUACAGAGAGAUACUUCUUCCUCUUUUUUUUUUUUUUUUUUUUUUUAAAGUAAUUAAAAGGGGGUUUCCAGUGGCAUGGGGUUAUAUAAUUUAAUAAUGAUUCUCCAGAUAUAAAAAUACUACUAGUAAAAAUUAACAAACUUAAAUGGGUGCUAGCAAAAAACAUACAUUUCUUCAUGUCAAUAAUUCAGUUUACACACAGAAAAAUAAAUUUUUUGUACAGAUCAGUAUUGCACUAAUUGCAGUGUAAAAUGAGUAACUUUGGAUUCCUAGCUUUUUAUAAAAGGGUGUUACUUGAAACCCUCUCUAACAGGGGAAGUCCCCUGAAAAAAAGGCUUCUAAACUGUACCUUUCUUUGUCACUGGGGUUGUACCCUCAAGUGUACACCUUUUGUACAUUUAGUAGGUGUCUUUUUCUUAGAAAUGUGUAUAUGUACCUUUGAAGCUUUACUCUAAAACUAAUUAUGUUCCAUUUAUGCAUCUUAAAUCACUCAAAAAGUACACUAUAUCCAUGUUUCCAGGUGAAAGGAACAAAAGGUGCCUUGAGGGUACCACCAAGUGACAAAGAGAAAAUAAUUAUUUUAAUUUUUAUUUACAUAGAACCUUUAAGGAUUGCCUCCAGAGGGACAAACCAAAUAAGCAGCAAGGGUGACGUAUUUAACCUAGACUGUUCAUUUCUAUGUCAAUAACAUUAAAAACAUAUCUCAGAAAUAAGGUUAAAAAUUAAUAAUAAUAAUAAUAAUAAUAAAGGUAUAGUACAUAUCUGUUACAGAGGAACGUGCAUUUUAGUGGUCCUUUAGUUCCGAUUAUGUACUUUCAAUUAUUUUUUAAAAGUCUCUAGAUGAAAUGUACAUACUACAG